AUGGCAUCUAAAGCUUAUUGUCAAGGCUUGGAAUUAGGGUUCUAUCGUCAGACAUGUCCUUUGGCUGAACGCAUUGUGAGAGCCACAGUGGCGAAGGCUGUUCUCCACAACCCUGGCAUGGCUGCUGGCCUUAUUCGUUUGCAUUUUCAUGAUUGUAUUGUUCUAGGCUGCGAUGCAUCGAUACUCCUCGACAAAACGUCGCAAAAUCCCGAUUCGGAGAAAGACAAUUUCGCCAACCCAUUAUUACGAGGCUUCGAAGUAAUCGACGACGCCAAAUCCCAUCUCGAAUCCCUAUGUCCAAACACAGUUUCUUGCGCCGACAUUUUAGCCUUUGCAGCUCGGGACAGCGUCGCCAUCACCGGUCAAUUCACCUACGCGGUCCCUGGCGGCCGUCGCGACUCACUGGUUUCACAUGGAGCAAACGUUUCCGACAACGUGCCAUUUCCGACAUCCGACAUUGGGUUCCUUAAACAACGAUUCGAACAACGAGGCCUGUCGUUGAGAGACAUGGUGGCUCUCUCAGGCGCCCACUCCAUCGGAAUCGCUCCUUGCAGCGCCUUCUCCGAACGCCUUUAUUUCUUUAACGAUACAAUUAAUCAAACUGAUCCGUCUUUGGACCCAAAGUUUGCGGCUUUUUUGAAAACUAAGUGUCCGUUGCAUAGUAGGUUGAAUCAAAUAACGGCGGAUUUGGAUAAUGUGUCGCCGAACCGGUUGGAUGUUCAGUUUUUUGAGAAUUUGAAGAGGAAGAUGGGGGUUUUGUCGUCCGAUCAGGCGUUGGCAACUGACCCUUUGACCGCGGCGACGGUGAGGAGAUACCGGAGGAAUAGAGCGGUGUGGAUGAGGGAUUUCUCGAAGGCGAUGGUGAAGAUGGGGAAGCUGCUGGUUUUGACUGAAACUCAAGGGGAGAUUAGAAGGAACUGCCAUUUUAAGAACUAG